UUUAACUGCUCAUGUCAUUCACUGAGUUUCUGUAGUUUUCUGUGUUUGUUAAAGCUUUUAAAAGAACUACAACAGAAUUCCAUCUGAGCCCUUUGAUCUUUGGUUGCAUUCAUUUCACCAGCUUUGGAUUAUGAACCAUGCUAAAAUGUUUACAUUUAUUUUUGUUUUCUUAACGCAGAAUUUACAUUUAUUCUGUGUUUCGGUGAAUCCUAAUAACAUUUAUGAUGGGAUGGACUUACAUUCAAAACUAACUGAUACUUUUAUUCCCACAGAACCAGAAAAGAAAAAAAUACAAGCUAGGAUGGGUCUGACUGAGAUGAAAUGGGAACUAUUUACCUUCAGUUUGCUGCUGCUUGUGUUGCGCCGGAGCCACGGUGCAGCCUCCGGCCUGAAGGAGCAUCUGGCUGACUGUUUGGAGGACGAUUUCUACGAUAUGCUGCCGACCAUCCAGAACGGCCUUCCUCACAUUAAAAAUUCUCAUCAUGUGGUCAUUGUUGGAGCUGGGAUGGCUGGGCUGACAGCAGCCAAACUGUUACAAGACGCAGGACACAUGGUUACCAUCGUGGAGGCCAGUGGUCGAGUUGGUGGACGAGUGGAGACCUACAGGAAUGAAAAAGAGGGCUGGUACGCUGAACUGGGCGCCAUGAGGAUCCCAAGUUUUCACCACAUCGUCCGUGGGUUUGCUGAACUCCUGGGAGUGAAGCUUGACAAAUUCAUAAUGGAGGACAUCAACACGUAUCACCUGGUAAACAGACAGAGACACAGGACAUAUGCAGUGAGAGCAAAUCCAAACAUCCUCCGUUACAACGUGGCGCCGAGCGAGAGGAAUAUGUCGGCCGAUCAGCUGCUACAGCAAGCUUUACAGAAGGUGAGGGACGAAGUGGAAGCUCACGGCUGCCGUGCUGCCCUGAAAAAAUAUGAACAUUAUUCUGUGAAGGAAUAUCUGACAGAAGAAGGAGGUCUGAGUCAUGAAGCCAUCAGGAUGAUUGGAGAACUCCUUAAUGAGCAGAGCCUCAUGUACACCGCCCUGACUGAGAUGAUCUACGACCAAACAGACAUCAGUGACAAUGUGAUGUACUACGAGGUGACUGGGGGCUCGGACCUGCUCCCCAAAGCUUUUCUUUCUGUUCUCGAUGUUCCGAUUUUCCUGAACUCCAAGGUUCAGCAAAUCAAUCGGACAAAUGGUGGCGUCAUUGUGAGUUACCAGUCAGAUCAACGGCCCCGCCUAAGCCAAAUAAAUGCAGACGCUGUCCUGGUGACGACCACGGCUAAAGCAGCCCUCCUGAUAGAUUUCCAUCCUCCGCUGUCCAUCCAUAAGAUGGAGGCCCUGAGGGCAGUCCACUAUGACAGCUCCACCAAAAUCCUCCUCACCUUCAGUGAGAGGUUCUGGGAAAAAGACGGCAUCAGAGGAGGGAAAAGCAUCACUGACGGGCCGUCUCAUUUCAUCUAUUAUCCGAGCCACGGUUUCCCAGACAACGACACCAUCGGCGUCCUCCUGGCCUCCUACACCUGGUCUGAUGACUCCCUCCUCUUCCUGGGUUUGUCUGAUGAAGAGCUGAAAGAAAUAGCGCUCACAGAUCUGGUGAAGAUCCACGGUGAGCGUGUCCGAUCUCUCUGUACCGGUGUGGUGGUGAAGAAGUGGAGUCUGGAUCCUCACAGCCUGGGCGCCUUCGCUCUCUUCACACCAUACCAACACCAGGAGUACGCCAAGGAGCUGUUCAGGAGGGAAGGCAGGAUCCACUUUGCUGGUGAGCACACGGCUCUACCUCACGCCUGGAUCGAGACGUCCAUGAAGUCAGCAAUCAGAGCGGCUACCAACAUCAACAACGACGCCCAGCAGCUUCCACGUAAAAACAGAAGAAGAGAUGAGCUCUGAGCUUCAGAGGAGCUCCUCAUGGUUGUCCAUGCAUUGUUGUGGUUGUUUUACUUCAUGAAGUCCUCAUUUUUAAACCCUUUUAUUAAGAUAACAUUUAUUGUUUAGAUCAGUUUUCUAAAAGCUUCAAGUGUCUGAGCCUCAAAUGUGGUGCUAAAUAGAGAACCCGACCUAACAAGAAGCUAACCCUUCUGUGUGCUUGUGAUGCGUUCACUUGUGCUAAUUAAACAUUUAUUCAUGGAAACGUAAAUUAUGCCCUUGUUUAAAUGGAUCUGCUAAUUCUGACUAAAUAAAUGUUGACAAACUAUGAAAAGGCUGUGUUUCCCUUAGUCAACGCCCACAAUAACUCCAAUCUAAUAAAACUGAUGCAUCUUAUUAGCUGAAACGAUGAAAAUGAGACAAAGCUCUAAUAAAACUGGUGCUCAGUUUCCUACUAAAGGGAACUGAUGAAUUUGGUCAUAUGCUAUCAGAUUCUUCAAGCUCUCUGGGCUUUUUGCUCAGGUGCAGUAGCAUCACCUGUUGCACCUGCAUGCAAAGCAGCAGACACCAGAUGAGUCUGCAGAUCUCAGCGGCUCUGCUUCUUCUUUGUUUUGUGGUCAAACAUUAGUUUAAAGUCCCACGAUGAAAAGGUCAGAGGUCAUUCAGUUGUAUUUUAGUU